GUCAUGAAUCUCCAAUUUCUUGUGUUAUAUUAUCAUAAUUUUGAUGUCCGAAGUUGCUGUGGGCGGCAUAUGUGUGGAAAAUGGAAUUGGUUCUUUUUACUCAUUAUUAAUAUUCACUCGAAGUAUGACAUCAACUGAUGUGUUGAGGAGCUGUUCAGGCUUCGUUCAACUGAGACAAAGAGGUGGUGCACAUCAUCCGGGAAGCACACGGCAAUCUUUUCCAGACUCCGAAGCAAGCUUUGCUCACUGUUCUCCAGGAGACUCUGCUCCCAAUGCCCAACAAAACCACAUUGUAACAUCUCUUUCUCCCUCUCUUCUGAAUCCUGACAAUGUUAUACCCCCUUCCAAGAAAUGUCCCAUCACAUCAUCUGCGUUCCCCCAUCUUUUAAACCUCAUCUCCUCGGUGAGUUUAAACGAUUCCCUCCCCACGGCAAACAUCCACGUAAUCCAUCACUCCUUAAAACCUCUCCAUUCUCUCUCAUUCUCGCCGCCCUCUUCCCCUGUUAUAUGGGUUGCAUCCUCCUCAAACCCUCUUCGGUUUCCUUAUACUCUCCUUGUUAAUCUUUGUUGGGUGACCAGCUGCGUACCUGUUGCCGCUGUACGAACGUUGCAUGGCUACUGCAAACUCCCAUGUUAAGGCCUCCGCAACAGUACAAACCUUCACCACUCCCUGAAAUUAGACAUCCUCUGGAACACUCUCCGUCUCUCUCACCAUUAGACAUCCUCUGGUACACUCUCCGUCUCUCUCACCAAAACAAUGGCGGUGUUUGCCUUCUUCCUUUUUCUUCUCAGCUACACUCCUUUCCACUUCCGUCGCUCCAUCGGUAGUACUACUGCUUCUGCAACGAUCUACAACAGGAGGACUCUGCAUCAACCCUUCUUCCCCUUAACGUUCUCUUCCUUCGCUCCAACCCAACCCCCUUCCUCUUCCUUCCCCAAGUACCCCACUUCCUCCUCCUCUUCUUCUUCUUCCCACCACCGCCUCCGCCCCUUCUUCCCGUUACCCCCGUUCCCGCCGCCGCCUCCUCACCCGUUCCCCGCCACCAUCACCACCCUCCCAACCUUUCCCGCUAACAUAUCCUCCCUCGGCUCCUACUCCUCCGGCCACUCUUCUCCCAGGUUCGUCCCUGCGGUCGCUUCACCACUCCUCGCUCUCGCCCUCCUGGGCCUCUCGUUCGUGCUCUUCCUCCGUCUCCGUCGCCGCUGCCGCCGAGCGGGCGCCGACAAGGAUGCCAGGUUCGGCAGCCUCGGUUUCUUCCCUUCCGAUGCCGCCGCUCCUGACGGGCGGAAGCUCUCCGCCUCCCCAUCGUCCGCCGCCGCAGCCGCCACCCCGGGGCCGUCCAGCUCGGAGUUCCUGUACCUGGGCACCCUUGUGAGCUCCCGCGUGCGAGAGAACGAGAACUCCGCCGCGCAGCUGGCCGACGGUGGCGGCUCGCCGUACCGGAAGCUCGGGUCCCCGGAGCUUCACCCCCUCCCGCCGCUGCCGCGCCAGUUCCGGAGUGCCAACGCCGGUCGCUCGUCGUCCUCGGGGUUCUACUCGCCGAAGAACUCCCCUGGCUCCAAGGGGAGCGCUGCCGGCCUGGCGUCGAGCUCAAAGGAGGCGGCUUUGGGUGUGGAGGAGAGGUGCGGGUCGCGGAGCUCUACUCUGAGCACGCCUUCGUACGUGUCGUCCAAUGUGGCUUCUUCCCCUUCGCGGUCAUCUCCCACCACUUCCUCCUUACCUCCGUCACUGCUGCGGCUUUCGACAUCGUCACCUCCGGAAGCUAGACCACGUUCCCAAUCCCCACCCUCUUCACCACCGGGGGCGGACUACGAUAGAAAGGUCGGAACCUUGCAAUCUUCCGGAGAGAACUUGCGGUCACCAAAUAAGAUAGGGGACUUUGCUAAAGGCUCGAUUGCUGUUGAGCUAAAUCCGCCGCCGCCACCACCAACUGGAUUCCAGAAGGAUCAAAAUGUGAAGAUACCGGCUUUCCAGCCGCCGGUUCUGCUACCUCCCCGAAACUCUGUUGUGUGGAAUUCUUCGAUAACAUCAAAGUAUUCCAAUGCAGCUGAGAAGCAUGAGAAUAACCCUCGCCCAAAGUUGAAGCCUUUGCACUGGGAUAAAGUUCGAGCAAGCUCCGACCGCAAGAUGGUGUGGGAUCAGCACAACUCAGGCUCAUUCCAGCUAAAUGAGGAGAUGAUCGAGACAUUGUUUGGUGGUAACACAAGCAUGGCACCUAAGGAGAUGACCGGAGGACUCCUAUAUCCUUCAUCGAACCAAGAGAACUGCAUCCUCGAUCCUAAGAAGUCGCAGAACAUUGCAAUUAUGUUGAAGGCCCUGCAUGUGAGUGAGGAGGAAGUCUGUGAGGCUCUCUUAGAAGGUAAUGCUGAUAGCUUAGGAAAUGAAGUUUUGGAGGCACUCAAGAAGAUGGUUCCAAGCAAAGAGGAAGAACGUAAUCUGAAAGAACACAAGGAUGAUUCAUCUUACAUUCUUGGUCCAGCUGAAAGCUUUUUGAAGGCAGUUCUCCUUAUACCGUUUGCAUUUAAGAGAGUUGAUGCCAUGCUUUAUAUUGCUAUUUUCGAUUCAGAGGUCAAUUACCUAAGGAAUUUAUUUGGGACUCUUCAGGCAGCCUGCGAAGAGCUGAGGAGCAGCAGGAUGUUCCACAAGCUCCUGGAGGCAGUCUUGAAGACUUGGAACCGAAUGAAUGUUGGUACCAGGCAUGGUGAGGCAGAUGCCUUCAAGCUCGAUGCACUUCUCAAGCUAGUUGAUGUCAGAGGCACAGAUGGCAAGACCACCCUGUUCCAUUUUGUUGUCCAGGCAAUCAGUCGAGCUGAAGGAUCCCACCUUUUCGCUCUCAACCCUUCAAGCAUUAAAACCCCAUCGAAUGCAGCAUCAGAUCUUGAGUGCUGCAGACUCGGAAUCCAUGUCGUGUCCCGGCUGGGAAUUGAGCUUAGCAAUGUCAAGAAGGCAGCUGCAAUGGACUGCAAUAUGGUUAGCAGCUGUGUUAUGAGACUUGGCGGAGAAAUUGGGAAGAUCCAUGAGGUACUGCAAUUAAAUGAUUCGUUCUCAAAAGAGGAUGGUCACAAUUUCCAUGAUGCCAUCAUCAGGUUCUUGAGAAAGGCUGAAGGUGCAAUCUUGGACAUCCAAGCUCGAGAGAGUUUUGUGCUAUCCAUGGUGAAGGAGACCACUGAAUUCUUCCAUGGGGACUCGGCCAAAGAGGAGGAUCAUCCAUUUAGAAUCUUCGUGGUGGUAAGAGAUUUCCUUGCAGUUCUCGAUCAGGUUUGCAGAGAGGUCGAAAAAAUCAACGAGCAUGACAUCAUCAUCAUGACACGGCAUUUGCCAGUAAGGCAGUAACCAUGAACCAAACAUCACGUCUGUUGUUCCCCAGUGUUCUUGCAUCAGAGCCUCGAUGUUCUGAAGAUUAUCAUCUUUGUAGAUCUAAGGAUUAGAGUUUAGGCUUUUGAGUGGCUAAGAUUAUCAUCUUUGUAGAUCUUUGUGACUUGUUUAUAUUAUGUAAAUGCUAGUAGUAAAAGCUUGUUGUGGAGGUGAAUGAAGUGUGGAACUUAUGUUAUCUUGUGAGGUAGUUGGAAGCAAAAUAAGUUACCUUUUGGUGCAA